ACCCCUUGAACCACUGAAUCAAUCGCAGCAAACCAUAGCGAGAAAGAGAUAAUUCGUCUGUUUAUGUUAUUUUUCAGUCUCUCAACCGGGAGAUUAAUCGAAUGGUUCAUAUUCAAUGCUGUACCAUGAAGGAGAGUCAGCAUUGUAACAGUGGAUCCGCAUUUCCGCAUCCGUCACGCUCAUGAGAAUGAAAUCAGAUCCUUAACCUCUUCAUUCACUCUCCCAACCCGUCGUUAAUUCCUCUCUCUUCACUCCUCGUAUCGUGUCUCUCUCUUUUACACUUCAAAAUCAAACAUAUAACCAUGUCGUCCUCGUUUUUAUCGAAGGAUCAACAUCAACUAAUGGAGACAAUUCUUGUUCAAUUGUUAAGGUUGUCUUGGAUCGCUGCCACCUUGCCUAUUCUCAUCGCUUCCAUUCCCAUUCCCAAACUCAACUUCCUACGCCAAAUCCUGUUGCUGUUCGCUAAGAGGGGAAAAAUCAUGCACCCCUCUUCUUCUUCCCAAAAAUUUACUGUUCCUCAGAGAUUCUUCUUGCAUUUCUAUGUUGUGGCUUCAAUAUGGACAAUGUUUCUGCUUGUUGCAACUUGGGUGUAUGCUUAUAGAAUGGUGCCGCUUGUUGUGGAGCCGUUGUCUUUUCCUACUUUAACUAGUUUUUUGACUGGUGGUUCAACUAUUAGAACUUGUUCUGCUGAAUUGAGGAAUGGUUAUGUUGCUUGGCAAGGUGUUUUUAUGCUUUUGUUGAUGGAAGCUCAUGUUCUUCGACGCCUUUUUGAAAGUAUAUAUGUGUUUAAUUAUAGCCCGUCUGCUCGGAUGCAUAUCGUUGGCUAUUUCACUGGAUUGUUUUUCUACAUAGCAGCACCGUUAUCGCUGUGCGGUGAUUCUGCAUUGGAAGUUUUUGAUUGCUUAGCAAAUCUAGUGACUGAGUUCAUUGUUAGAGGCAAGAAUCAGAUGCCACUGCCAGAGAUAGACUUCUGGCUAGUUUUAAAUCCCCUGACCAGGCUUGGGUGGAAGCAUUGGGUUGCUGCAGCUGUUUUCUCGUGGGGAUGGAUUCAUCAAUACCGGUGCCAUAAGAUUCUUGGUUCUCUACGCGAUUCAAGACACGCAGAUGAAUAUGUAAUUCCUCACGGUGAUUGGUUUGAAAUUGUUUCCUCUCCGCACUAUCUCGCCGAAAUUGUAAUUUACGCCAGUUUUGUGGUUGCUACUGGUGGAUCCAAUCUAACAAUCUGGUUACUUUUUGCUUUUGUGGUGGCAAAUCUGGCAUUUGCAGCAGUAGAAACACAUAGCUGGUAUCGUCGAAAAUUUGAAGAUUAUCCAAGCCGUCGGUUUGCUAUUAUUCCAUUUAUCCUCUGAGAUUGUAAGGCAAAGUGUAAUUAUCUCAAAAUAUGACAGUAAAUAACUUUAUCUACUCAAGAUGUACAUAUUUAGAUGAAAAUGUUUUUAUUAUUUACAAAAAAAAAUUAUUUAUCAUAUGAGCAAAGAGUCCAUUAGUUACAUUCAAGUUGUUUCACAGUUAUUUUGAGUUUUUGAAUAGUUCUUUUUGGGUGUAAAAGAUCAAACACUUGGACUCUGGAGUGUUGUAAAUUGUAAUAAGUUUGAUAAAAUGGCAGGGCAUAAUGCUAAAGUCGAUUGUUUA